AUGUUUCGCUUUGCUUUUGUGCUGGCGAUUUCAAGCGCCCAGCCCUGGCCACCGUGUCCACAACGUGGCUGCUUGCCAUGUCCAGACUUUUCGGAUGGUCGGCCAAAUUGCACUUGUUUGGAGGGCUACAGCCUCAAUGGCUCCUCUUUGGGUGGAGACCGCGUCGGCCUGGAAUGGGACACAGUUCAAGGUUGGCUUGGGUCUUGCCAGCCGGUGAUUUGCGGCCAAGUACAGGGUCCAGCGUAUGCUCAGGCCUUGCAGGACAUUCCAGUCAGCAGAUUUGGUGACAUGAUUCAAUAUGCCUGCAAUGUGGGCUAUGAAGUUGAAGGUUAUGGAAGCUUGGGCCAGUGGCAAGUGACUUUUGCACCUUCCACUGGGCCUCCAGGCGUCCCAGCACAGCGCUUGGUGCGAUUGCGCUGCUCUGCUCAAGGGACCUUUGAGAAUCUCACUGGACAACGUUGUGUGCCUGUGUGUGGAGAUGGAAUGCUUGUUGACGUUGAUCACUUGCCACAAGAUGACCAGAGCGAACAGUGCGAUGAUGGCAACCGCAACACAGGCGAUGGCUGCGAUGGCCAAUGCCACGUGGAAAGUGGAUUCAUAUGUGUGGCUGGAAGCGCUACACAACCUGACAGGUGCAGCUUGGCAAAUGCGUGGGCAGAGAGUUCCAUCGUCGUCUCCCUGAAAGGUGCACGUGAGACCAAUGAAGAUGAAGUUGCCCUUGCAACUUCUGUGGUCUUGGCUGAGGUCUUCCAAUGUCCACAACGAGACGUGGAGAUUCGAGAAGCUGGACACUGA